ACAUAAAAAAACAAAACACACACACACUCUCUCUCUAAUAAUUAUCCAAAUUAGGGUUCCACCCACAGUCCACCACCGCCACCGUGCUCCGCCACAAUGUUCGGAGCUCAAGCAUCAUCACCAUCUCCCUCUCUCUUCAACACCCCAUCACCCUCACAAUCCCUUUUCGGAACGCCGCAGGCAUCAACCCCCGCUUUCGGAACACCAUCAACUCCGGCUUUCGGAACACCAUCAACCUCCACAUUCGCCACCGGCUUCGGCACUUCGAUUUUUAACACACCGGCUUCCCAACAAACGACGCCGUUUCAACAACAACAACAACAACAAAGUUCCAGUCCCUUUGGAAUCUCAACUCCUUUUGGCACAACAAAUAAUAAUUUAUUUGGACAGCCUCAAACGACGCCGUUUAAUGCCCCUCCUGGUCAAUUAACUACUCAAAUGGCCCCCGUUGCCCCCCUUCCUUUCUCCCUUGCUGAUCGUGAUAUACAGGCAAUACUUGAUGCGUAUAAAGAUGAAAUUGCAAACCCUAAGUAUGCUUUCAAGCACUUGUUAUUCAGUGUGACAGAACCGCAAUUUAGGACGAAGCCUGCUGGUGUAUCAGAUAUAAUGUGGCAAGAGGCAAUGGGCAAGCUAGAAGGCAUGGAGACUUCGAACCGUGAACGUCUUUGGCCUCAACUUGUUAAGGGUUUUAAAGAUCUUUCUCAGCGCCUGAAGCUUCAAGAUGAAGUUAUACUUUCAGAUGCCGAGAGAUUGCAAAUGACUCAAACCAAUGUGAAAGUGCUUCAAAGACAUUUCCAAGCUGAUACUUUCCCUAGGAUAGAGAGACUGAGACAAUCAGAGAAGGCUCUACAAAGGCGGCUUUUAAGGCUAACGAGAAUGUUGGAGGCAUUAGAGGCCAAGGGUUUUCGGCUGCCUUUGACCAAAGGGGAAGUUGAACUAGCUGAAAAGUUAGCUACAAUAAUCAGACAGUUAAAAGGAUCUGGAGCUGAACUCUCAAGAAGGGUACAGAAUCUGUUGACUGUAGCUCGUGUUCAAGGAAACAGUCAUGGCGGUUCUUUGUUCUCGUUUCUCGGGUCUGCCAAAAUACAUGAACAAAGUCUUUCUGAUAUGCAUGAGGUUUUACAGCAGCAAACGGAAGCUGUUGCCAGGCUGGGGAAUGUGCUGAAGCGAGAUAUACGAGACAUGGAGAUAAUUAUGGCAGAGGACACUCAAAUGGCGGACGUGUAGAGGCGAAACAAUAAUAUAAGUUGCCUGUCAUAAUGAUGUAUUCUAAUGUUCCUAUAGUACAAGCGAAGUCUAUUUAGUUUUGUAGUAUAUUGUUAUUGAUUUAAAGUUUUAAACCCUCUUGUGGUUUGGUUUACAUAGUGUUGGUAAAUUCAAGUUUUAAAGACCA